CAAUUGGGAAAAAUAGUUUACUCAAAAAUAACUACCCCUUUAUAGAAAGUGAAAAAUUGCCUAUUUACGAAGAUGACCCACAAGUAAAAGAUAAAAUUCUAUGUAAAAUCGAUAUUGAUAUAUUAAAUAAAAUUGCUAGAGAUCAGGAUACACCAGUUAUGAAAG